AUGGGAAAUGUCAAUAGCAGUAUUCAUCGAAAAAUAAAUAGUUUAAAAAAAAGAAAUCAAACAAGUAAUGGAUUAAGACCUCUUAAUGCUUUACUUAUUGUUGAUGUGCAAUAUGAUUUUAUUGAUGGUUCAUUAGCUCUUAAAAAUUGUCCAAGUCAACAUCAAGGUGAACAUGUUAUACCUAUUAUAAAUAAAUUAUUAUAUGAUAUUCCGUUUGAUCUUGUUGUUUAUACUCAAGAUUGGCAUCCACCUGAUCAUAUAUCAUUUUAUGAAAAUUUACCGUUACGUGCACAUCUACUUGCAAGUGAUUCUAAAAAAGUCAAUGAAUUAAAAGUAUUUGAUACGGCUGUAUUUUCAUUUGACGAUGAAGCAAAAGCAAAAAAGAUGCGUGUUGAACAAAUACUAUGGCCAACACAUUGUGUACAACACAGUCAUGGUGCUGAAUUACAUAAAGAUUUGUCAAUAAUAAAAUCAAAUAAAAAUCGUCAAGUUAUUAAUUUAUUAAAAGGUUAUGAUAGUGAUAUUGAUUCAUAUUCAGCAUUUUGGGAUAAUCAAAAAAUUCGUGAAACACGAUUAAAUUCAAUAUUAAGAGAAAAUAAUAUUACAAAUGUAUUUAUUGCUGGUAUAGCAACUGAUGUUUGUGUAUAUUCAACAGCUUUACAUGCCGUUGAAUAUGGCUACAGAACAUUUAUUAUUGAAGAUGCAUGUCGUGGUGUCGAUGUAACAAAUAUUAAUUUACGUCUUGACGAAUUAGUUAAACGUAAUUGUGUAGUUGUACAAGCAAAUGCUAUUAAAGACAUAAUUUGA